AUGGCGACGCUCGGUGGGACCGCCGCGGCGACGGCGCUCGCGCCGCCGUCGUGCGGUGCGCGCUCGGGCGCGCGCUUCGCGGGCGUCGGCGGGCGGCGGAUGGAGAGGCAGUUAUCCGGCUCGGUCGCGGCGUCGUCGGGAAAGGGAAUGGGAGUAGGGUGCUCGCCCCGCGCUGGAUCGAGGCGAUGCGCGCGCACGGUCCGGCGCGCGCGCCCGUGCGAUCGCGACGUCAAGCUUCGCGCGGCGUCGGGCGACGGCGUGAGGGACGGCGACGCGGAGAUGGACGGGGAAGCCCCCGAGCGCGAGGCGACCCAAUCUGGCAGGGGUUCCCCGGGCGCCCGGGGAAGGAAGAACGGCGCGGGCGGGUCGUCGCCCUCAUCCGCGCUCGUCGCGUCCAACUCGCUCGCCUCGAGCAGCCGCGUCGUCGAGUUCGUCGCCGCGUGGGACGCGCUCUCCCCUCGGCUCGCCGCCGCCGCCGCGUCGGGAACCUCGUUCAGCGCGCGAACCCCACUCGGCGAGACCGUCCCGGUGAGCGCCGCGGGAAACCGAGAGAUGCUCCUGUCGGCGCUCAAACUCGCGAUCCCGCGCCUGCAGAUGAUCCCGGACCAGCAGACGAAUCCCGGCGAGCGCCCCGUGCACGAGAGGGCGGUGGAGGUGACCCUCGCGCUCGUGGACAUCGGCAUGGACGCCGAGUGCAUGAGCGCGGGUCUGCUCAGGGAGGCGCUGGUGGCGGGCACCGUGUCCCUCGACGAGAUCGAGUCGCACCUCGGCGCCGGCGUCAUGCGACUCGCGCACGACUGCGCCAGGCUCCACGCGCUGCCGAGACGCGUGGGCUCGUACGACGACGGCGCCGCGGAGAAGCUCAGGACGUUCUGCCUCACCUUUCACGACGUGAGAGCAGUCGUGGUGGAGCUCGCGUACCGAGCGGAUCAGCUCAGGCGAGCCGAGUCCCUACCGCCCGUGAGGCGCACCGCGCUCGCGCUCGAGACGAUGCAACUGUACGCCCCGAUGGCGCACGCCCUCGACGCCGGGCCCCUGUGCGCGGAGCUGGAGGACCUGUCGCUGCAGUGGCUGUUCCCGAGCUCGUACAAAUCGCUGGAGCAGUGGCUGCGCGGGGAGGGCCCGGCUGAUCGAAGCGCGCUGGAUCGCGCCAGGGAGUGGCUCACCGAGGCGCUGUGCGCGGACCCGGGCCUCAUGACCCUCGUGGGCGGACCCGCGGGCGUCGCCGUCAAGGCUCGAAGGAAGAGCCUGUUCAGCACCAUGCGCAAGGUGCUGCGCGACGGUCGGGCGCGAGAGGACGUGCACGACCUGCUGGGCAUGCGCGUGAUCAUCACGCCCCAGCCCGGCGCGCCGUCGCACUCUCGCGCGGGCGAGACCAACGAGGACGACGUGGCGGCGGCCGAACGCAGCGCGAUGGCGGCGUGCUACCGCGCGCAGCAGAUUGCGCACGGAGUCUUCGACGUCGUCGCGGGCCGAACGAAAGAUUACCUCCAGCGGCCCAAGUCCAACGGAUACAGGUCCCUGCACAGCACCCUGACCUUACCCGAAGACUGGACGAACGCCGACGGUACCGUCAACAACGCGGGGGGUGGAUCGAAGGUGGAGGACGAGCCGGGGAUGGACGCCAACGGUAAGAUCAAGGAGAGAUCCAAGGAGAAGUCUGGCAAGGAGGGCGGCAAGGAGGGACGGAGGGUCGAGCUUCAGGUUCGCACCGCCGCCAUGCACGCCGCCGCCGAGAUGGGAUCCGCGGCGCACACCGCGUACAAAGGCGGUUUCAAGGAGGACCCGGGCGCGGCGGACGCGCUGGCGGAGCUGGUCAACGCGGCCAACGCCGCGGCGGAGGAGCGAUUCGGGAGCUUCACCGAGGCUGGCCUCGCGGACGCCGCGGGCUCGGACGCCGACCGCAUGUUCCAGAUGUUCGAUCUCAACGGCGACGGCGCGGUGACGCGCGAGGAGCUCAGGUCGGUCAUCGGCGACUUGUGGCAGGGCACCGCCGGGGACGGGGAGGAGUCCGAGCUGAGGCACAGCGCGGAUGAGCUCAUCGAGCUCCUGGACGUGGACGAGGACGGGACGGUUUCGCGGGAGGAGUUUGCCAAAUUUCGCACCUCCGUCGCGGUGCUGGGCUCGUUGCCAGACGCGGACGCGGCGACCGCGGCGGCGAUCGAGUGCAAGUUCACGCCCCGCGUCGAGGCUGAGAUACUCGAGGACGAAGACGACGUGAACGUGGACGAAGACGACGACGACAUCUCCGCGGCGGACAUCUCCAAGAUCAACUUUGAGGACGAUACCGUCGCGGGACAGGCGUCUUGGACCACCGCGUCCGGCGCCGACGCACCCGCCGUGGACGUCUCAAUCGUUUCGAUGGAGAAGGCGAGGUCGAUGGCGGCUAAGAUUGACGAAGAAGCCGACGAGGAUAGCUCCUUCUCCGAGGAUGAGGUCGAGGACGCCGUGGCGGCGUUUGCAGCCGCUCAGGCCAUGUCGCCGCCGCCGUUACCCCCCGCGCCGCCCGCGGGCCGAAUCCGUCCCGCGGACGAGACUUUGCGAGAGGCGUCCCGUCAGCUCAAGGACAAGCAGGGCGGCGAUGUUCAGUGGCAGCUCGUGUGGGAUCUGAUGCGAGCGGGGCGACCGGAGACGGCUCGCGAGCUCUUCUACCAGCGAACCACCAAGAAUCCAUCGUCCACGACGCUGUGGGAGCAGUGGGCGCGGUUCGAGCUCCUGCAGGGCGACGCGGAGCGCGCGCGCGGCCUCUACCGCGCCGCGCUACUCCACGCGGAAGGCAGGCCGAGGGCCAGGGCUGAGAGCCUGAGGAAGUGGGGCGUGAUGGAAUUUGGGGCGGGCGAGCCCGCCAACGCCGUCGGCCUCUUCGAGCGAGCUCUGAACGUCCUUCAGGACGCCGAAGAAGCCGCCGCCGCGGCGGAGGAGGCCGAGACCGUCGAGCACCUCGGAACCGGCAGCGCCUCCUCAAGCACGGACGCCUCCUCCGACUGGAGCGACGGCAUCGGUGAGACGGCCGUGGACGCGUGCUCCGACCUCGAGUGCGUCCCUCGGCUGGUAACCUCCGAGUCGUCUGCGUCGCUCCGCCGAGCGCAAACCGUCGUGCUGUGCGCGUGGGCGCAGGUGGCUUUAAGGUCCGGGGACGUCAGCGCCGCCCAGGCGCUCCUCGAGGACGCGCGCACCCGCGACGGGGACAACGUCAGGGUCCUGCACGCGUCGGCUCAGUUGGCGGAGGCUUCAGGCGACGUCGAGGGAGCGAGGAAGAUCUUCGCCGCCGCGGCUGAGAGGGCCCCGCGAGAUCCGCACGUGGCGCUGUCGCGCGCGAGGCUGCAGUGCUGGAAGCUGGACGAUCCCGACGGCGCGCGCGAGAUCUUCACCGCCGCCGCCGCCGCGAACCCCGAGAAUUACCGCGUGCUUCAGGCGUGGGCGGUUAUGGAAUCGAGGCGCCCGCGCGGCGGCGGCGGCAAGGUGGCAGAUUAUGCGAAACUUACAUUCGAAGAUAAGGUGGCUGGCAUGGCGGCGGCGCGACCGCUGUUCCAACGCGCCGCCGACGUCGCGCCGUGGGCCACCAAAGUAUGGGCCGCGUGGGCUCAGGCCGAGUUCGACGCCACCGGCGACGUGGACCGGGCCAGGGAGCUCUACACCCGCGGUUUGGCCUCCGAUCCCACCAGCGUGGUGUGCCUGCGCGGGCUCGGUCGGGUGGAGCGGACGGCGGAGCGGUUCUCGCAGGCGCGGGACUACCUCGAGCGCGCGUUGGACCUGGAACCCCGCAACCACAUGUGCGUCCGCGAGCUCGCGAUGAUCGAAGAGAAGAGCGGAAACAAGGCGAGGGCGGCGAGGUACUUUAACGUGGCCAAGGCUUUGGUCAAGGAGGAGAAAGCCGCGAGGGACAAGAAGGGUGGACCGCCGCCGCCGAAAUCCGGUAAGGGCACGUGGGCACCCGCCGAGGCUGCCGCGGCGGCGCGCGGGUACGCCGCGAUGGUCAAGUCGCAGUCAGCGAGCUACACGGUGCGCUACCCCGGCGGUGGCGAGGCCGGGGGCGGUUCGCACAGCUUCAGGUCGGUGCUCGCCGCCGCGAGGGGCGAGGCGGCGGCGGCUCGGCGGGACAAGGGCCGCGCGGGGGGAGCGGCGGCGCGACGCGGCCGGGCCGCGUACGUUCGCUCGGAGAGGAUUCGCGGUACCCGCGAGGCGGAUGCGUCGACGGCGCCGGCGGACGGCGAGCGGGUGUGGAGCGGUCGGGUCGACGGCCGCGCGCCGCUUCGCGUCAGGUCCCGCGGCGGCGACGGGCCCAGUCCGGUAGGGAGCAGCCUGGACGGCCCGGGGUCGUCGCUCGAUCCGCUGGGUUCGUCGCUGGACGCCAGCGGCAGCUUCGACAUGGGCGAGAGUAGGGACGACGCGUACGCCGCGUACAUGAGCGACGACGUCGAGGACAGCUUCGAGGAUGACAGUUACGACGAGCAAGUAGCCAAGAGUAUGCUGAGGGGAUACGCGGAUUAA